GCAGAAUCAGUCCAAACAGUCGAUUAUGAUACUACCAAACGGGCUCUUAGUAUGACAACAUUAACACAUUUUGUAAUAUACUCCGUACCACGUAUUUUCUAAAGGGUGAUUCUAUUCAAAGUCACUAAAUUGCUAAUCACAGCCACAAAGAUAAUGUAAACAUCUAAAAUACCCUCCAACCAUAUAGCCGCUCAUCAAACAGCCCUGUUGGAGCUCAACGUCACAUAGCCGGCCACAAACUCAAUAUCGAUAAAAUAAUGAACUGUUUGUAUGAGUGUUUUGUGCAAACUAAGGUCAAUGAGAUUCUACGAUUGAUUCUGCACUGUUGGAGCUCUUAGCCGACAUGGGGUUUCUGUUGGUGUGAUUUGUGGCAGAGGAAAGAAAUUAACAAGCUGGAAGUGGCGAUGAAGAAGGAGACGUGAAACUGUGGACAAAGAAAUCUCCGAUUAAUCAUCCCUGUAUGAAUUGGGGUAAUUUUUUCCGCAGAAUAUAGCAUUCAAUCUGAAUGAGAUUCACAACCUCCUUCGAUCGCCGCUCGCUCGUCUCUCCUUCUCCGCCAUACCGCCACAGGCCCACAUCGCCACCAACUCUCAUUCUUUCUGACCUUCAGCGGUUUCUAAUGCAGGCCUGAUGAUGAUAUUCAUGUCUGAAGUCUUUCCAGCUCUCUUCUGCUCAUAUCCAUGGCCGAUACCGUCACAGAUGUCAACAUGGACGCUGUCCAGCGCCGCCUCAUGUUCGAAGACGAAUGUAUAUUGGUCGAUGAGAACGAUAACGUUGUAGGUCAUGAUACCAAAUACAAUUGCCAUCUUAUGGAGAAGAUUGAAUCUGAAAAUUUGCUACAUAGAGCCUUCAGUGUUUUCUUGUUUAAUUCAAAAUAUGAAUUGCUUCUUCAGCAAAGAUCUGCAACAAAAGUUACCUUUCCUUUGGUGUGGACAAACACUUGCUGUAGCCAUCCUCUUCACCGAGAGUCAGAGCUUAUUGCCGAGAAUGCUCUUGGCGUGAGGAAUGCUGCCCAAAGGAAGCUUUUAGAUGAGUUGGGCGUUCCUGCUGAAGAGGUCCCAGUUGACCAGUUCACACCAUUGGGUCGUAUGCUUUAUAAAGCACCUUCAGAUGGGAAAUGGGGAGAACAUGAACUUGACUACCUCCUGUUCAUCGUCCGGGAUGUCAGUGUGCAUCCUAACCCAGAUGAGGUCGCUGAUGUUAAGUAUGUGGACCGAGAGCAGCUGAAAGAGAUCAUGAAGAAAGCAGAUGCAGGGGAGGAGGAUAUAAAACUCUCCCCUUGGUUCCGACUGGUAGUUGAUAAUUUCUUAUUCAAAUGGUGGGAUCAUGUAGAGAAAGGGACUCUGAAUGAAGCUGUGGACAUGAAGACCAUUCACAAGUUGACCUAAACAGGUGGACUAUGAAUCUGUUUUGUUUAGCUUUUUUGUUUUUGUUUUUGGUUACUUUUGCGGGUUGGGUAUUUGUCUUUGUAGCAUCGUGCAUGUGCACUUUCAUGCAUUUCGAGAAAUUCCGCUUUGUGUUAUAUUGGAUUUUUUCGUGGAAUUGGUGUUCCAACUUCCAAUGAUCCGUAACAACUUAUGCUCUUUACCUAACUACUCGUUUUAACUACUACAUA